AUGCGGCUUGUGCGCGACUGCAUAAUGCGGCUGAUGCCCUGGGGAACACGGCCCUGCACUGCGCGGCUAAGGCUGGGGAGGCUGCUGCAGGGAGUUUGUUGGUGGAGUGCAGCGCGGAUGUCAACAUUGUGGAUGCCCAUGGCAACACACCUCUCAUCCUUGCCGGCAUCCACGAUAAGCGUCUGGUGGCCUCAAUGCUGCUUUGGGGUGGAGCCGAGCGAGAUCAGCAGAAUCAUCGCGGCAACACGGCGCUGCACGAAGCGGCCAUCAGCGGCGCCAAAGACGUCGCCUGGCUGA